AUGCGCAUACCCAGAUUUCUGCACUUUUCAGAACUGGAAUAUAUAAAGAUUCUGGAGUGGAGCAUAGCUUCGAUAUGUGGCAUGGUGCAAAGAACCUCGGGAAACGAAUACAUGCUCCCAUGUGGAUUGGCUUAUUGCACCACGUCACUGGUGAACAUGAAUGGCCCUAUGAUGCAUGCCAACCCAUUGGUGGAAGAGCCUACUAAGGAAUGGAUAAAGAAAGGAUCCAAAGCACACUCUGCCCUUUCCGAAAUCAUUCUGAAAGAACGCUGGCUCAAGGAUGUCCCAAAAUAUUUGAAUUUCAGGUCCACAGCACAUUUGGAAUCCUUCCACAAUCAUCUUCUCAUGUAUGCAACCCCAUCAACAAAAGAACUGAGGGACAAACAUGUCAGCCGUGGAGAUGCAGGUCAAGAAGAACGGCAAUAG